AUGUUUCAGACUGAAUCUUUUAAAAAGACUUCGUAGAAAAGUCUCCUGGAUAACCAUAGCUUAGAUCACAAGGAUAAUUUUCAAAUUAAUUAUGGUGUAAAAGUAGGGAAUGCUAAGAGCUAAAUUGAGGAUGAAGAUUUUGAAUCCCUUGAAGAUUUGAAUCUCUUAAAGAGUGAGAAGUAAAAAUUCCUCGACAAAUACUCAAUAAAUAUUGAUCUUCCCUAUCCUACAAUUACAUUGCUCUUCGUCAAUUAUUGCUUGCCCAAUGACAUUAAUGACGAUAAAAGCAUGAUUCUUCAUUAAGAAACUGAUAUGGAAAUUCAAGGAGGGUUUUAAGUUAUAAAAGAACUCGUCUUCUAAGGUAAGAGAAGCAUGAUUUUAUUGAGUAUAGAAAAUAUAAAGGGGUAAACAGCAUUUUCUGAAAAUGGCGAAUUCUUAGCAUAUAUUCCAGCUAAUGAACCUCAAGUCUUGAAUAUAGUAGAUUCCAGAACCUUUGAAAACCUCUAGGAUAUAAAGUUUGUUCCAUUCAAAAAGACAGUAUCUUUAGUCUAUCUCAAAAGAGUGGAGUUUUAUGACUUUUAGAUGGAGAAUUUUACUCUUCAAGAUGCACUCUAAUAGAGAAAGAUUCUAAAUAUCUCGGAUACUUAUAUCGGAAUACUUUGUCUUUAAUUCAAACAAGAAAAAUCAGACUAAAAUGAAGGAAAGAUAGCUUUAAAGACUUAUGAUCCAGAUCGUAGCUAGCCUAUUAUUCAUUUUUUCAGCUUCAUUAAUGAUAAAAUAGUCUACUCGCUGAAAAACAUUAGAGUAGUAAAAUUUGAUUAACUGGGUGAAUAGAUACCUCAAAAAUUUAUAGUAAAGAUUACUUAAGAUAUGAAAGAUGCUAUGAUAUCACUUAUCUUAGGAAAAAAAGAUCCCCAUUGCCUUUUGGAAAGAAAUUAGAUACUGACAUAUCAGUAUAAAAUUGAGUCUUAAAUUCUGACAUAAAUAUCAUAAAAACGGAGAGUAGAAAAAAUAAUCACUCUAGGAAACUUUUAUGAGACACUUCCUAUCAAUAAUUUUGUGACCUUAGAAUGCACUAAUUAAUCAGAGGAAUACUUAGUAAAUUUUGGUGAAGACCAGCAUAUUAUUUUUAGGUUGCCAUAAUACAGCAGUAAACCAGAUUUUAUUACUGCUUUUGCCUCAGUUAAUUAAAGUGAUGAGAUUAUUGUCAAGUUUAUAGUGUUGAGAGAUCAAGAGAAGAUUAGUCAUUACUCAUUUACUUAGGUGAUAAAAACAGCUUUUGACAAUAUGAUAAGAGUUCAUAGUGUAAAUAUUGGUGGUGCCGAAAUUGACUCCAAUUUGCAAAUGCUAAAGCAAGAUUCAUCAAUGUUUAACUUUGAUUCAGCAGAUACAUUUAGUGAGCUUAGAGAAUAUGAAGAGUUUGUAUUUAGUGAUUUGAAAUAUCCCUUUAUUUGUCAUUCUGAUAUAAAAGGUAAUAUUAAGGUUAAUGUAAUGGACAACUCCUAGAGUAGCUACAUAGUGCCACCUCCUCAAAUAACUAUCGAAAAAAGAAUGAAAAAGCUGAAAAUGUAAGGAUAAUAGAUGCUAUUGAUAUUGAUGGAGGAUGACAAAUUUUAUUACAUAUAUAAGCUUAACUUAAAAGAAAGAUCAUAUCUGAAUCAACAAGAAUUCAUUAUAAGGCUAUAAAAAUCAUAUCUUUAAGAAGGUACAAUUAUUGAAGAUUUCUUUUUGCAUUCAAAACUUUAAAACAAAGCUUAGAAAUAUCUCCCAAUAAAAUCCAAAGGCUAUAGUGCUUCAUUUUUCUAUUUGUCUUAGCCAGACUAUUCCCUAAGAGUAUUCUAUUAGAUUCAAAACAUACCUUAGCAUACCUUAAUAGCCAGAGAUGUCUCGAAUUUCAGGAUUGUUGGAGAUAGACUAUUUUACGUUCACAGCUAGAUGUACUUAGAGUCAUUGGACACUCUAAAUUUUGAGUUAGAAAAGAUUGUGCACUACGAAUACCUAGAUGGAAAGAUCAUUAAAAUUAUUGACUGUGCUAGCAGCAACACUCUUGCUCUAUAUAUGGUUUCAAGUCAAAAUUAACACUUAUUGAAAUUUUAUAACCUGGCUAGUUAAACAACCAUCAUUGAAACAAUGACUAUCACUAUCAGCAACCGAUAUCUCAUAAAUAAUUUGAGGCUUCACAAUACAGGCCACAUAGAGAACAGCUAAGACAAGUAAAUCUUGCUCUAUUCAAAUGGCAACUAAAUUUUCUCAAUUAAUGAUAAACUUCCUUCAAGUGAUAACUCAUAUGUAUUCAGAGACAUAUUUGAGUUGGACUAAGAUCAGUCAUAGAUUAUUGGAAAUUUGCUAUUUGAUAGAUAGAGUCACAGGACUAUGGCUAUAUAAAAAUUCAAAAAAAUUAGGUAUAAAAAAGGAGUACUUUUGCCAAGCUUUUUAAGUUAUAAUAGUAUCAAGCUAUAGUAGAAUGAGAACGGAUAAUUCCAAAAUCAAAGAAUAUCCUUCAUAAUAAAUUGCAAAACUAUUUCUCAUAAUCAUAAUCAUCAAGCAUCUCAUCAUCAUCACCAUUCUGAGUAGGAACAUCAUCAUAAGCAUGGGAACCAUAGCAAUUCUAAUAAAAGUAACCAUCAUCAUCAUAGUAGUAAUGAGAAGGAAAUGGAAGAAGAUCUUAUUGGAACUUUUGAUCUUUAAGAGAAAAGCUUUUUAGUUUAAGACCUAAGAGGAUUCUAAAUUACGAAAUAAGAACUCUCUGACUAAAUUCCAAAUACUUUUGGCAAGGUCAAGGCAAUUUCGUCCAAAUUUAGCAAAAUUUUACUACAUGAUCAAUCUAAAAACUUAGUCAAUGUAUUCAAUCUUACUCUAAAUGUUGAAACAAAGCAUUUAAAUGUAGAAGCAUAUGGAACAUUAUAAUUAGGAUAAUAAGCAUCUGGGAAACUUAGCUAAGUAAUAAUAUAGAGUCUUGAAAGACAGGCAAUGAUAGAUACUUUGCAUAAAGAAUUCUUUAGAAUCAAUAACAAUGGAGAUAUUUUACACAUUCAAGAAAAUGGAGAGACUUUGAGAAAGUAAUUUAUGAUCUACUCUAAACAUUUUGAUUGUAAAGAUGAAAAGUAUUGUUAAGGAAUAGAAUUGAACAUUGAUUCUAAAGGAAUGAGCAAUAUCAAAGGAUUUAAACUUUCAAAUAAGUAUGUCCUGGGAUGGAAUGAUUAAGUUUGCUACUUCUACGAUAUCAAGUAAGAGUAGUACGGUGAAGUAUCACUCUAGUUUGAUAAGAAGGACAAUAUUAAAAUAAUAGAAGCAUCACAUAUUGAAAGUCAUCAUCAUGGGUUACUGAAAAAAGAAUUAUUCUUACUUAGACUUGAAAACUCUAUGCAGGUCUAAACAAUAGUACUUUGGGACUAGAUUUCAAGCUCAGAGCAAUGUUCAUGUGAUGUUUCACCAUUAAAUCAACUUUUGUUUGAUACUUAAGGUCAUGUGUACAUAUUGGACUCUAACCUUGGCUUAAUUGAAACUUUAUCUAAUUCAGGUCAUGCCAGGCAUCUUUCAUUCAGAAAAAAUGUGAGAUUAAAUAACUAAAAUAGAGACACAAGUCUAAUCUAGAGUGAGGAUUUGGAUAUUGGAUACAAAGUAAAAAUUGUUUCAUUGAUGAAUAAUAAUCAAAAGAAUUUCGAUCGAAUUAGAAGAUAAAAUACCACAGAAAAUCUAUCGUUUCAUUUUGAGAAGAUUACCCAAAAGAAGUAUAUCGACUAUAUAAUAGUUGGUAAUGAAGUUGUACUUCCUCAUUCGUACUUUCAAAUUAUAUUAAAUGAUCAGAUAAAAGACAUAAAUGAAAAGGACCACUAAAAUUAAAAGAAGUCUUAAGAAUUGAUGUAAAUUUUUCUCAAUAAAAUUUAACCUCUAAACUUCACAUAUCAGGUUAGAAAUAGUAAUAUCUUUCAUAUUCAUGCAAACAAUUUCAAAGAACUUGAAAUUAUUUGUGAGUACUUUGAAAAAAAAUAACCUCUUGUUUUGGAAUUUAUAUUGGUAAAAAAUGAGGAUAUGAAGACGCCUCUUGAUAUAGCUCUUGAGAGCAGAAAUAAUCGAAGUAUUAAUCUUUUUAUGCACUACAUUUCUCUAUAUUGCAAAGAAACAUUUGGAAAGUCAACAAACACUUUGAGAUAGCACUUUUCAGAUUUACUUGACUCUCAGAAUUUUCCAAAAUUGAUGGAAGCAGCUCUUUAUUAAAAUCAUCAAUUAAGGUUAAUACAUACGAUUUCAUCUAAAAAUGAGAAAAGAUUAGAAGAAAAAGGAAUUCAUAUAUAGCAUGGAACUAUCUGUAAGGACAAAGGUUUUAAUGAGAAAUUCAUAGACCAUUCAAAUCUAAGUGAAAGGAAUGUAAAUGUAUAUGCCAUAAGAGCUGAUUGGAUAUUAUUAACAAAAGAAGGAGAUGACUUUUUAAAGAAGUUAAGUAAAAGUGAAAAUCUUGAACUUUUCUCACUGGAAUCUAUUCAAACAAUCGUUAAAUUUUAAUGGAAAAUUUAUAAAGCAGCUAUCAUAAGAAAACUAUUCAUCCCAUUCCUGGUGUAUUUUAUCGCAUUUAUCUUAAGUAUGACUAUGCUCUACUAAAGAGUUUCUUCAGAUGAGAUAGAAAUUAUUGAUGAUAAUAAUAAGUUGCUUAAUUUUAUCUUAGUAGUAGGAGUUAUUUUGCCUCUACAACUAUACUUUUUAGCUAAUGAAUUGAGAUAACUAAUAAACUAAGGCUUUAAAUAUUUCAAUGAAUUUUGGAACUAUCUCGAUCUGUUUUAAUUGCUUCUCGCAUUGUAUUUAUCCUUUAUUAUGUUAACUUAAAGUCCAUAAGUUGACUCAACUAGAGUUAACAGUGUUGGUGCUGCCACAGUUAUAUUCUUAUACUUAAAAUUCUUUUAUUUCUUGAGACUUUUUGACAAGACAGCUCCUUUUAUAAGAAUGGUGGUUUAAAUGGCAUAUGACAUUAGAAUUUUCAUUUACAUCUUCUUCUUGACAAUUAUUGGAUUUGGAAACGGAUUUUAUCUGCUUUCUAUCAGUAACAGAAAUGAAGAUGACAGAUUUAUUAAGUCAUUCCCUAUGUCUAUUAUGUUUGUUUACAGAAUGGCCCUAGGAGACUUUGAUACUGAAAAAUUUGGAAAUGAAUCUAUUUAUCUAGUUUGGUUUAUUUUUAUACUAUCAACUAUGCUUAUUAUGAUUUUGCUUUUGAAUUUAUUGAUUGCUAUAAUGGGAGAUUCUUAUGGCAAGGUUACCUAAGCUGAAGAGUAAUCAAAAGUUCAAGAAUAUUUGCAAUUACUUUUGGAUAAUAGUUUCUUAAUAGAUAAGCAAAAAAUAUUUGAUGAUGUGAAGUUUAUCAUUUGCAUCAAACUUGAUGAAGAUGAUGAUAAUUUAAAUACCGAGCAAAACAAUAUGAUGAAGAAAAUGUUACAAAAUUAAGAGCUGUUGAUGAAUACUAUUUAGGAUGUUUAGAAAAAUUAAGUUUCGCUUAGGGAGUAAUUUAAUAGAGAAAUAAUUCAUAGAGAUAAAAGCAAUAUUAUUCCAUAAAUAAUUGAAAGCUAGGUUACAGAUAAUAGACCAAAAACUCCCAAACCUAAUAGGACAAUCAGAACAAAUGUUAAAAAGAUUAACUGA